UAGUCAGACAUUCAAGUGUAGUCUUCUUGGACAUUGACACUGUUCAGCUUCAUCAUGGCUGGACAACUGCUGUUAGUCAUCCUCAUGUAUUCCUUUUCUGAGAUAAAAGCACAAGCUCUUCUUCCACCCAACCUGACAGUGAAUCCACCGGUGAUCACACAGACAGAAACAGUCACACUGAACUGUCAGACUCCAUCACAUCUUACUUUGUCUGAGUGUUAUUUUCGAAUGGUAAGAGGACAAACUGGCAAAAGCUUCCCUUGUCUGCAGACACUGACAGGAACUGAGCUGCUGAAGAUGGCCCAUCAGAGUUCAUCUGCUGAGGUUCAAGUGACAUGCUUUUACCUUCACGUGUCUCGAUCUCCUGACAGUGAUCCAUCGUUCAUCAUCAUUCGAACUCUUCUUCCAUCUAAACUGACAGUGAAUCCAGCGAUGAUCGACGAGACCGGCUCAGCCACCCUGAACUGUCAGACUCCUUCAUCUGUUUCUGUGUCUAUGUGUUAUUUCUUCAGUCUAAGUGGAGGGAAUUUCAGAGGGCUCUCAUGUCUGCAGACACUGACAGGAACUGAACUGCUGAAGAUGGCCCAUCAGAGUUCACCUGCUGAAGUUCAAGUGACGUGUUUCUACACUAUAAAGGUUGGAGAGAAAAGUUAUCCAUCUCCACACAGUGACACGUUGUCCAUCACCAUACACAAAGUGACAAACCAAAAUGAAGAGAGAAACACUUAUUUCAGAACCUCCAUUCACAUCAAAAUGUCACCUGUGGGCGAUGAUACAGGGAGGACUGUUGGUACAUCAAGUAACACUGGUAGUUUUAUCUCUACUUUCCCAACAUCAGUGAAACCAGCAGCAGAAACAGACACUAGUAUGACUCCAGAAUCUGGCGACAAAAUAACAGAAACAUGGAUAUUGAAGUUUGCAGCAGUUGUUGCUGGUUGUGGAGUCACGGUGGGCGUCAUCUUACUUGUUUCUGCAAUUCUCUGCAACAAAAGAACUGCAGGUUCUGAGGAAGUAAAAAGCCAAGAGCCUCAAAAUGAGAAUUUUGACACAUACCAUAUGUACUCCAUUAUUGCUGAAGAGCCAGCUGCAUCAGGCCUGAAGGGUAUGGUCUACAGCACAGUGAUAUACUAUGCUAUACUGGAUAGAGAAAGAGAGGCAGACACCCUCAAGGACUGUAAGAAAUGUAAACCUUUUGUUUGAAGUUGAGUGGUAUAUUCCAGACUAAUGUUGGGGGACAUAACAAUUUCUUUUUAUCAGAUCAACCAAACUGCUGGUUAAGACUGAAGCAAACUUUUACACAAGUUUCCCCAGUUUGAUACAACUUUCAAGUUGAGGUUUAUGACGGACAAAGCACAGCUUGGUUUCCAAACUGCAUUUCGAUUUAGCUUUAUUUUAGGUCAAGAUUGAACAUGUAUUUAGUUUUACUCAUAUAUUAAGCGUGAGUUCACUUUACUCCUGUUAAUAAUUUGUUUUACUUUUAUUUGUUGUGUGUUCUGUUUUUGUUAUGUUAUGAUGUUUUUGUAUCUGGAUAUAUUUUAUCUGAGACUUCUGUGACUACACAUGCAUAUAUAUAAUAAUGUUUCUCAGUUAGUCACUUUAAGUGACAGACACACAUACAAAUGAGAGGUUGUGUAAAUCGGAGGAGGUCCAGAUGAAUGUACAGUUGGUUUUAAUUGUCAAUGAUGAAGAGCUAAA